AUGUUGGUCUACUCCACUGUCCUGCUUCUCUUAGCCCUUCCUUUCUCUUCAGCCAAUGAGUGUAUCAAAUACUCAUGCAGUGCCUGUGCUUGCUACGAAUGGGAAAACCCCUCCCCAACCGUCACUGCUGAGCCCUCUCCCACGCCUACAGGUCCUGCGAAUCUCAUCAUAAAUGGUGGAUGGGAGUCGUUUGAUGGCGGGGGCAUUGCUCCGUGGAUCUCGAAACAGGGCACGGGUGGCUGCAGGCCUUGGUCGAACGCGGAUCAGCCAUACAUGCUUCCAGAAAUGAAAUAUCAUUCCCGCAGCGGUGAAUGGAUUCUCAUCAUGGCAAACCCCACAGACUGGCAGGGAAACGUUAUAGCCGAAUCCAUGUUGCAAACGGUCAGCGUGGUGAGCGGAACCGAGUACCGCUUCGAGGCUUACUACACUCUUCUUUUCCUCCCCAAGACAACGACUACGUGCCGCCUGUGGGCGUCAAUUGAUGGGGUUGAUAAGCAGGGAGCGACUGUCGGCGACAGCGAUAGUGGAGAUCCCUAUAACUUCGAUUUGAUCACAUUUGUUUACACACCUUCGACUACGGGAGACAUCACAGUGAGCAUAUCUUUCAUGUGCAAUGAUGCUACAUACGAGGACGGAGGUGUUGUGGGCGUGGAUGAUAUCAGCCUGACUGAAGUAGUCACCUCGUGA